AUGCGUCGACGCGUCGACAUCAUUUCCCCCGCGCGUCGCCACGCGCAGAUGUCAAGCGCCCGAGUGCGAAUCGCCGUCGUCGGCGGCGGUGUCUCCGGACUCGCGCUCGCGUCCUUCGUCCGCGAACGCGACCGGGAGAGAGAAAGAUUUCACGUCACCGUGUUCGACACCGGCGCGCGCGCGUGCGGUGGUCGAUUGUCGAGUAAAUCGAUCGAUGGCGUCGACGUCGAUCACGGGGCGCAGUACUUUACGCUCGCGUCGGAGACGGCGCGCGCGUCGUUCGCGGCGCCGCUCGCCUCGAUCGGGGCGCUGAAGACGUGGUCGAGCGACGCGGUGGGGAUCGUUCGCGCGGACGGGACGCGGGAGGCGUUCGGGGACGAGACGACGCGAUACGUCGGGUGCGAUGGGUUCAGAGGUGUCGCGGCAGCGCUGGAGGUGCACGCGGACGAGGUGCGACGACCGCAGUGGGUGGGCGCGAUGACGGCGUCGAAGCGAGACGCGCGGGGGGACGUGGUCGCGUGGUCGCUCGCGACGAGCGACGGCGCGCGGGCGAAACGACUCGGCGAGUUUGAUUUCGUCGUCAUCGCGCACAACGGCAAGUGCGCGCACAGAUUGGCGUCGACGGCGAAGGAAGCGGAUGGGCGAAGUUCUUGUGAAAAGCUCAAGAACGCGCUGCGAUGCGGUUUCGGCGUUCGCCCGAAUGAGGCGCUCGCGCGCGAGAACAAGUUGAUUUUAUCCAGCGUGUGGUCGGCGAUGAUCGUCUUCGAGGGAAACAUCGAGCUCGCGGACGGUCUUCAGGGCGCGCACGUCGUCGAUGGUGAGCCCCUAUCGUGGGUGUCUAAUAUUUCAGCCAAGCGCGGUGAGACGUCGAGAGAGACGACGCGCGUCGUGUUGCAGUCGACCGCCGAGUACGGGCGCGAUAACAAGGUGCCGCAAGAGGCGGUGCCGGAAGAAAAGUCGCUCGAAGUCAUGGAAACCCUCGUCGCGGCGCUCGAAAAGACGUUGGGUCACGCGCCGGGGACGUUACGUUCGAAAGUGAAGACGUUCAAGACGCAGUUAUGGGGCGCCGCGAACCCGCUCACGGUGUGCAACGUCCCGUGCGUGCUCGAUUUGAAGUCGUCCACCGCCGCCAUAGGUGAUUGGUGCACGAGCGGCGCGCCGUGCGUGGAGUCCGCGGUGUUGAGCGCGCACGCGCUCGCUCGCGUUCUCGACGAGCGGUUCAGCGAGGCGGGUCCGAGCGAGGCGACGAAACGUCUCGACGCGGCGAGACCGCGUUGGAGCGUUCCCGUCGGCGGCGCGUCCGCGCAGGGUGGAUUUCCCGGAACGACCGUGCCCGCGAUGAAGCGACGCGUCGCCCGCUCCCGCUCGAUCAGGUGGGCGCGGGAGUGGGCGCGGAAGUGGGCGCGGAAGUGGGCGCGGAAGUGGGCGCGGGAAGCGCGACGACCGCGGUCGCGGGGGACGAGGCGAAAAGUCGCGCGUCGCGCGCGUCGCGGCGCGGCUCGCCGCGGCGUCGUGAACGCGCGUAGAUUUUCUAGUCACGAAUGCGUGGUCCCGACAGUCGUCCCGCACCGUUAG